AUGCGCUACAUUUCCAUUGCAGUGUUGCCGCUGCUGCUGCUGUGGAUGCUUCAGACGGCAACCGGGGUAGCUGCAGGGUACGACGACCGUAGCGUUGCGAAGGGUAGUCGGGAGGAGCAAAUUGUGUUCUGGGAGCAGGAGAUCGACAGGCUGCGCAGCGGAGAAAUGGCCAAGGCGUACCAGGCCCUGUAUUCGAGCCAGCUCGCCCUAAAGGAGGCGAAACAGCGGGGUGGAUGGCUCUUCACGAGUGCAGAUGACAAGGCCCGCAUUAAAAUGUUGGAUGCGGAGUACGAGAAAAAUAUGGCGGCGUUAACUGCGCUGAAGCGGGAGGAAGAGGGGAUGCUGGCCAAGGUGAAGCCACUCUACGGCAUUAUCUCACGGCGGUUUGCGCAAGAGCAACGCCAUGCCAUACUGGACGCCGUGAAGGAUGUGCAACAGAUGAGCUACGUCCAAGCGUGGUACAACUCUCUCCUUGACCUUGGUGAAGCAGGGACGCUCACGGAUGUUAUUGUUGGAUUCUUUUGGCAGUGGCUUGUUGGUUACGUUUUCUUCUAUCAUUUUGCAGCCAUUUACUACGCCCUUUGGACGGCGCCGUGGAACAUCUACGCCUACUCCUCUGGACCAUCAGAUGUGCUCGUGGGCAUUGUUGCGUGGUGCGUGUGCGUCACCAUUAUGCUGCUCCCUGUGCUGGCGCUUGUGGCAGGAUUUUUUUACAUUCGGCGAUACUACGGCGAUCGUGUGGCGGAGGCGUUGAACAGGGCCAGGCAGCGUGAGCGAGGAAGGUACUGA